AUGGCCUUUUUAAGCGACAAAAUUACAGACAUUGGACUUCCGGCAGAAUUGGCUUUAUUUACCGUUCCACCCAAUCAAGUAGCGGUGGAUAAAAUUUAUUUCAGUGAAUGCAGACCUGUAAGUUCCUUCGAUACGGAGGACGCUCCGAUCGAGAUAUCGGUGCCUGGCCAGGGUAACGAGUACAUAGACUUAAGAAGAAGCCGCCUGUACGUAAAAUAUAGACACUUAUAUGACGGAAAGCUUGUGUCCCUCAAUACUAGCUACUAUGCUUGGAAAGCCUACCUAAAACUUCUCCUUUCGAGUGGCAGUGAUGUCUCUCAAUCCCAGUUACAAUCCCAACUGUACUAUCCAGACGACGACGACAUGGACAAUCCGGACGCAUACGGAGGCAACAACGGGGGCCUUAACAAUCGCUAUGCAUUUACUCAAAACAGCCAAAUAUUUGACAUGGAAGGUCCACUGUAUGAGGAUAUAUUCAGAACUGAUAAAUACUUGAUCAAUGGGGUAGAUUUACACUUGAAACUGUUUAGAAACCCCGCUGCCUUUGUCUUGAUGAGCAAAGAAGCCUCCCCUAGCUACAAGUUGCAGUUACUAGACGUGUCCUUUAAAGCAUGCAUGAUUAAGGUGGACAGUGGAAUUUUGAUCAACCAUGCUGAAAUCUUGAAAGAGAAGACGGCCAAAUACCCCCUGACUAGAACCGAAGUAAAAAUGAGCACCUGUCCUAAAGGUUCUGGAUCGUUUAUUUGGCAGAACGUUUGGUCCAACACCUUACCAGCCAAAGCUGCAUUCUGUUUCAUUUCUCAGAAAGCCGUUAAUGGAAAUUAUGAGAAGAACCCAUUCAACUUUCAGAACUUGGCAGAAGAAAUUGCACUUUACGUAAACGGGGAAAGCAUGCCAGCCCGACCCAUGAAAAUUGACGUAGGGACCAAUCAAAAUUACGUGACACUUUUUGUCAAUUUAUUUGAAGCGGCUGAGAAAUGGAACAAAGAUGCCGGCUUGGAAGUCACAAGAAGCCAGUUUGGCAAAGGAUAUGCCAUAUAUGCCUUUAAUUUGGCACCAAGUGACCUGGGUGAAGAGUAUUUAAACCUGGUGAGACAAGGAAACGUUAGACUUGAAGUCAAAUUUGCUGCCGAUACAACGGAAACCUUGAACUGUCUGGCUUACGCAGAAUUUCCGGCCCUUUUGGAAGUGGACCAAUCACGGGACAUCAAAUACACUAAAGUAUGA